AACUUCCGGCCCGGGCCCCGGGGCACGCUGGGAGAGGGCGGGGCCACUGCCACGUGCCUGGGCCUGGCGUCCGGGAGUCUUUCGGAACCACAAAUCCCAGGGUGCAGUGCGCUCACACGCUGUCCUACUGCGGCCGAGCAGGCGCUCCUAGAGGUUCCGGGGCCAGAGAGGAGUCACUUCUGGCGACGGGCAGGCAGCCGGGCCAUGGCCGCCCUCCUCCGAGCUGUGCCUCGGCUGCCCGGCCCUGCUGUGUGGAGAAGACCUGUGUGCGGGCUGUGGUGCCGCAGGGGCACCGGGCAGGACCCGGGGAGGUGGGUGGGGAGCAGGCGCCCCGUCCCAGAGGAGAAAGCGGCGAGUGUGGAGACGGAGAACUUCCAGAUGGUCUACCGGUUUGACGCCAUCAGAGCCUUCGGGUACCUGUCCCGGCUGAAGGUGGCGCAGACGGCGCUCACGGUGCUGGCGCUCCCGCCUGGCUGCUACUGGUACUCCCAGGGCUUCGUGACCCUCGGCUCCCUGUACCUGGCUGGCGGGGUGGCCGGCUUCGCCCUCGCCAUGCUCUGCUGGAUGAGCUAUUUCUUCCGGAGGCUGGUGGGCAUCCUGUACGUGAACGAGGCAGGCACCGUGCUGCGGGUGGCGCACCUGACCUUCUGGGGCCGGCGGCAGGACACGGACUGGCCCGUGGCCGAUGUGGUCCCCAUGACGGAAACCAGCGACCGGGCCCAGGAGCUGUUUGUGCGUAUCCGGCAGUACAGCGGGAAGCAGACUUUCUACGUCACCCUUCGCUACGGACGCAUCGUGGACAGAGAGCGUUUCACGCAGGUGUUUGGGGUGCUGGACUCCCACAAGUGAACUGGGAGCUGGGCGUCCGGCGGGAAUCCGAGGGUGUGGGCGAGGCUGAAAAAGGGGCUUCGGCUGCGGAGACCCCACAGGGCCUCUGGGCACUUGUCUUGCGGGGUGCAGAGGCUCCAAAGGCAGAAGCCAGUAAUCGGGCUUUGAGAAGAGGCCUUAGUACAGAUCCAUACUGCAUUUUUGUGACAUUUAGGCAGGUACGGCCAGAAGUUUCUGGUCACGGCCGGUUCUUGGAGGAAGUUGUGCCAGAUGGGCCCAGGGAGGGCAGUGAAACCGGAAGGCAAGGAGGUGCGGCAGAGGGAGCCAGGGCUCGGAGUGCGCGUGCUGGAGUGCCACCAGUCCUCGGCUCCCUGUCCUGGAGUCCCCGAGCCUCUGUGCACCUUGGUUUUCACAUCUGAGAAAGGGAAAAAAUUCCUGCCUGUCUCUGGGACGGGUGUGAGAGUAAAUGGUCAAUGUCAAGGUCAGUACGAAGGUGGUGGUGUGCUGAAAAGCUUCCUGGCAGUCAGGAGGGCUGAUCGGAGCCCUUUGCUGACCCCCUCCCCGCCCCCUCGGGGACUUCUUGUCAGGACUGGGAAGAAGCCCCGAUGUGGGCUAUGUGACCAUGCAGGGACGGUGCCCCUGCCAAGAUUGUGUUCACGCAGACGCCUGAGGCCCUCCUGUCGGAAGGCUCUGCGGUGGGUAAAACCAGGCGAGCUGUGUUCUAGUGCGUUCUUUUAGGAGCUAAAACUAGUUCUAUGCACUGCCCUUCCUCGCAAUUAGUAAUAGAUGAUUGUUCAACAACAUGUAACAAAAUAAAGAGGAAGACGUGAUGGGUAACGCUUCCACUCAGAAGGCAGCGACUCAAUGUCGUGUUGUGGGACUGCCAGUCUUUUUUCUAUUGAGGUAAAACACACAUAACGUAAAUUUAUCCUCCCAGCCAUUUUUGAAGGUACACUUGAAUGGUAUUAAGUAGGCCUACGGUGCUGUGCAGCCAUCACGUCUGCCCAGUUCCAGAACAUUCUCAUCAUCCCAUGGACAAACUCUAUACCCGUUAAACAGCCACGCCCCGGCUCCCCCUCCCUCCAGCCUCGUGACCACUCCUCUGCCUUCUGCCUCCGUGGAUCUGAAACGGAAUCACACUGUGGUUUUCUGUCUGGCCUCCUUCCCCCAUGUGACGUUUCCAUGGUGCGUGCUGGACCGAGCACGCACCUCAUUCCUUCUCGCGGCCCCGACGGCCUGUGUGCAGACCACGGUUUGCUUAUCUGUGUGUUGAUGGACUUGCUUAUCUGUGUGUUGAUGGACGUUUUGAUAGUUUCCACCUUUCGGCUGUUGGAAAUGGCGCUGCCGUAGGCACUGGAGCUCCAGUAUCUGACAACGUCUGAGUCCCUUCGUUUGGGGGUGUGCUGAGAGGCACAAUCGCUGGGUUUUAGGGUGACUGUGCGCACGUUUUUGAGGUCCUGCCGGACUUUCCCAUGGCAGCCAUGCACUUUGAUAUCCGUCUCAGCUGUGCAUAAGGAUUCCAGCUUCUCCACGUCCGUCUUUUGGAUGAUCAUCCUGAUGGGUGUGAGGUGGUAACUUACCAGGCUUCCAGGCUUUUCUAAAAACAUAGAUGUUAUCCUGUACCUGGAAUUGGUUUUUUGUUUUGCUUCAUGUAACACAACUAUUUUACUUGUAAACACAUUAAAAAUAUUCUGUCACAAAAAAACACCUCAGAUGUCUGAUGUUAACUGACCUUGUUGGCAUAAUCAUUUUGUAAUAUAUACGUGCCUAAGUCAUUAAUGUGGCGCAUCCUAAGCUGAUACAAUGUUACAUGUCAAUUCUAUGUCCGGAAAAUUGGGGAAGGUUCUUUAUCUUUGAAGGAGAGACAGACAGGGCUGCCCACCCAUCCCCUCCUCUCCUUAGCAAUUACAUGUAGCUUUUGGUUGCCUUCCAUACUGUUCCCUCACCUGCUUCCCGGCUCCUUCCGAGACUGAAGCCCUUUCCCGAAAGACAGUCUUUGUCUAUAAAAUGUCUCGAGCGGUAUUGAUGUUUUGACUUUGACCUCCUUAAAGAUAAGAAUUCCCUCAAAUAGUGUCAGUCCAGUUGUAAGCUGUUCCCUGAGUGAACCUCACCCCCGAGAUCCUAGUUAUGCCUGGGGUGGGGGGGUCCCUAGGAUCCGAGUUCUUGACAAGCUCAAAGCCAAUUCUGAAAUGCAGCCAGGCUGGAAUUCUCAUCCAUUUCAGUCUGUUUCUGAAACAGACUCUAAUAGAAAACACCAGAGUAACUCAUGCCUCUGGACUUCGUGUUCCCUGGCCAACCCCGCCCCCCCUCCGCCCCCCAAAGAAUAGGUUCUCAGCUCUGGCGCCAUGUGCAGAAUCACCUGGAGCUUAUCAAAAAUAUUGCCGACCAGGCCCAUGACCUGCCAUCGUCAGGGUGAUUCUCGCGUGCAGCUUGGGUUGACAGUCGCUGUUCUGUGUCACCACAUUGUCCUCACCAGGAAGAGAGAGCCUCCCUUCCGGUGGGCGUCUGUUCACACGGCGCCAGCAGGGGGCGCACACCGCAAACGCCUCGUCUGCGAGUUCGUUCCCCAAAGCGGUGAAAACGCAAGUGGUCUUUAGAUUCAGGAGAUGGAUAUGUUGGUGAUUCCCCGACUUUGACAACAAAUCCAAAAUAAUGAUCUAACAGAAGAACCUAAGCAGACAUACAGAGAUGUUCACUGAGUGUUUCUAAUAGCAAAACGAAUAGCAACAAACUGGAAAUAAACAGUUUUUUAAAAAUU